AUGCCGAAAAGGAAAAGAGAGGAGACCGACCUAGACCAAGAUCAUAAAGAUGAUGAUCGCGCUCUCAGGAUACGCAAAAGCCGCCUUGUGGCCCAAGUAGACCAGGGCAACAUCCUCCUGCACCGAGCAUUGAAAGUAGCACGAGGUUUCGAGAGGCAGAAACUUGGUCGACGACAGAAAGCCGCCAAAGAGAAUCCCCAAGCUCUACUUCGGCUCAAGGAGGAGGUCAUUGUGCUCAAGCAGUUGGAUUUGGCCGAGACGGCACAGAAUUAUCUGUUCAAGCAACUUGUUCGGACGAAGAGGAUUAGAGAGGCACCGGCUUUUGUGGCUCUUCAUGGAGAGGGGCUGGAAAGUAAAGUCAAGGGCGCCAGAGCCGGAGCGGAAGCAAAUGUUGUAGGAAGACUUAUGAAUUCUAAUCCUGUCAAAGAGGUCUUGCCGGGGAUUAUGAGUAAGGUUUACAGGUGCUUGGGCUUGGCCGAAGUUCCUGUCGCUACGAAGGUUAAGAAUGAGAUCGAGGGAGAUGCUCCACCUGGCCAUCUGGAAGUGAGGAGAUUUGGCUCUGAGACGGACAGUAGGACAAGUUCGAAUUGGGAGGGACUGUCUCCUACUGGAGCAGAUCAUGACUCGGGCGUAUCCGCUGCUAAGUCUCGUGAGAGAUGUACGGCAGAAUAUGACGAUUUGGUUGCUGCAUCAUUGGAUUCUCAGUUCGUCGAUUCCAAUGGGGGUAUGGCACGGUACGGGCAUGCUCUAGCGUCAUCAAGUGCCUCAGGUCAUUCAUCGGAUGGUGAAGAGGACGAAACCUCUAGGAACAGGAUGUUCGACGUCGACCGAAGACUUCCCGCGGACCGGGCACCGUCACUCUCCCCAUCAUCCUCCCUAUCACUAUCUCGCUCCCCAUCUCCACCACCCUCAAAUCCCACCACCCUUCCACACCUCAAACCACCGAUACCUGCACCACCACCGCAACCACGCACCACGUUCCUCCCUUCCCUGACCUUAGGCGGCUAUUUCUCUGGCUCAGAUACCGACUCCAAGUCUAACUCCUCAUCCAACUCCGACGUCAAUCAAUUUCGUAAGCGAAACUCACAGGGUCCCACUGCCGCACUCCCUCAGCCGCGCAGAAACCGCCGAGGCCAACGCGCCCGGCAGCAGAUCGCUGAGAAGAAAUAUGGUAGGGCCGCUAAGCAUUUACAGAAGCAGCAGCAACAAGUACAUACCAUGCGAAGUCGGGGACAAGAGAGUGCAGUGAGCAGGCAUAGAGAUGAGGGUUGGGAUGUCAGAAAGGGCGCUACCACCUCAGAAGGGGCUUCAUAUGGUAGAAGCAGAGCCAGUGGCCGGCAGGAAGGAAGACGCUUUGGGCUGGGAAGCAAGGGACCUACAGGAGCGAAUAACGAAGCCAUCACCGGCAAGGACCGGACCCAGAGGGACCAGAAUAAUGUCCAUGACAGCACCAGAGUUAAUGGGAACGCAGAGGGACCACUCCACCCGUCUUGGGAAGCGGCCAAGAAGCGGAAGGCGCAGACUCAGAAAGUGACGGCGUUGUUUCAGGGGAAGAAGAUCACGUUUUGA